AUGCGAUCGGUUGACGCGGCGGGGGCGGAGAGCUCGGAUCACCACAACCGCAAGAAGCCUCGCCUGGAGCACAGGACCAAGAUGCCGCUCGCGGAUGCCGUUGCGGCCGGUGACAGCGGCCGGGGUGUGGACUCCGCGGCGGCGGGCGCCGACUGCUUUGGCAUGACGGUCGAGGAGAUCGUGCAGCACCCGCUGCCGGGCUACGGGGCGCCUUCGGUGCUCAGCUUCAGCCCCGACGACCGCCGGGUCGCCUACCUGUACAGCCCCGACGGCACGCUCCACCGGAAGGUGUUCACCUUCGACACCGCGCAGCGCUGCCAGGAGCUGCUCUUCGGGGCCCCCGACGGUGGCGGGCUCGAGGAGGGGAACCUCUCCGCCGAGGAGCGCCUGCGGCGCGAGCGCGCACGGGAGCGCGGCCUCGGGGUCACUCGCUACGAGUGGCGCGCUCGCCAUUCCGGUGAAUCCUCCUCUCGCGCCGGCAUUGUCGUGCCGCUCCCAUCCGGGGUUUACUUCCAGGAUUUAUCUGGCUCCGAACCAGUGCUGAAACUACAAAGUUCUCCCACAUCUCCGAUAAUUGACCCAUAUCUAUCUCCAAAUGGGAGCAUGAUUGCAUACGUUAAGGAUGACAAGCUGCAUACCUUGGGGUUUUCCAGUGGAGAAACUAGGCAAUUAACUUUCGGUGCAAGAGAAAGUAGGAAGGUCCAUGGGCUUGCCGAGUAUAUUGCACAGGAAGAGAUGGAAAGGAAGAUGGGAUUUUGGUGGUCUCCUGACAGCAAGCACCUUGUGUUUACUGAAGUGGAUUCAACUGAGAUUCCAUUGUAUAGAAUUAUGCAUCAGGGCAAAAGUUCUGUUGGUCCAGAUGCUCAAGAAGACCAUGCGUACCCUUUCGCAGGAGCAGCUAAUGUUAAAGUGCGACUUGGUGUUGUUCCUUCCCAUGGAGGGGAAGUAACUUGGAUGGAUCUCCUUUGUGGAGAUCCAAAUGGUUCCCACAGUGACGAAGAAUAUUUAGCUAGAGUCAACUGGAUGCAUAAUAGUGCUCUUGCUGUUCAAGUUCUCAACAGAUCUCAUACGAAACUUAAAUUACUGAAGUUUGAUAUUACUACAGGUAAAAGAGAAGUCUUGCUAGAAGAGCAGCAUGAUAUAUGGAUCACAUUGCAUGAUUGCUUCACUCCACUAGACAAAGGAGUGAAUAGUAAACAUCCAGGUGGCUUUAUUUGGGCCAGUGAAAAAACAGGAUUCAGGCACUUAUAUGUUCAUGACAAUGAUGGAACAUGCUUAGGACCUCUCACACAAGGUGAUUGGAUGGUUGAGCACAUUGCUGGUGUCAAUGAGAGUAAUGGACUUAUAUAUUUCACUGGCACGUUGGAUGGACCAUUGGAGACAAAUCUCUACCACACUAAUCUCUUUCCAGAUUGGAGCCUUCCCUUGCAAACCCCUAAAAGGCUGACUCGUGGAACUGGCCGGCAUUCAGUAAUUCUCGAUCAUCAGUUGCUGAAGUUUAUUGAUGUGUACGACACAAUAAAAUCUCCACCUGUGAUCUUGCUGUGCUCUUUGCUUGAUGGAAGUGUAAUUAUGCCCCUGUUUGAACAGCCAUUGACAGUUCCGCCGCUUAAAAAGUUCCAGCAGCGGUCUCCAGAGAUAGUUGAAAUUACAGCAAAGGAUGGGACCAAUUUAUAUGGCGCUCUCUACCUUCCUGACGAGAGAAAAUAUGGGCCACCUCCCUACAAAACACUGAUUAAUGUUUAUGGUGGCCCCAGUGUCCAGCUUGUUAGUGAUUCAUGGAUGUGUACAGUUGACAUGAGAGCUCAAUAUCUACGAAGUAAGGGUAUAUUAGUUUGGAAGAUGGAUAAUCGAGGAUCGGCAAGGCGAGGACUGCAUUUUGAGGGACAACUGAAGUACAAUAUUGGUCGCGUUGAUGCUGAAGAUCAAUUAGCAGGCGCUGAGUGGUUAAUAAAGAAGGGCCUUGCAAAACCUGGCCAUAUUGGUAUCUAUGGCUGGAGCUACGGAGGAUUUCUCUCAGCAAUGUGCCUCACAAGGUUUCCAGACACGUUCUGUUGUGCAGUGUCUGGUGCUCCGGUGACAGCUUGGGAUGGUUACGACACCUUUUACACAGAGAAGUACUUGGGUCUGCCUGCAGAGCAUCCGGAUGCUUACGAGUAUGGGUCAAUUAUGCACCACACGAAGAACCUGAAAGGGAAGCUGCUCCUCAUCCAUGGGAUGAUUGACGAGAACGUGCAUUUCAGGCACACGGCAAGGCUCGUUAACUCACUGAUGGCAGAGGGCAAGCCUUAUGAAAUCCUCCUUUUCCCUGACGAGAGGCACAUGCCACGACGGCUUGGUGACCGGAUCUACAUGGAGGAGAGGAUCUGGGAUUUUGUCGAGAGGAGCCUUUGA